UUCAUGGUUAUAAUAAAGGCUCAUCCAUUCUAGACAGAAAAAUAGCGGACCAAUACGGUUUGCUACAAGGAGUUCAACGCCUCGAUCAGGUAUAUUUACCCUGUGCCUUGUAAGAAUUUAUGGCUCUUUAUGACGGAAGGGAAAACGGGAAAACAGACGCGAAAUGAAAAGAAGCAUUUCAAGGCAUUCACACUCUGCUGAAAGAUCAACGUCAUCGUGUCAUGAAAAUUACAACACAUCUCUACGCUCAAGAACGGAAGAAGAGAGAUUGCAGCGAAGACGCGAAUGGAGAAUCCAACAAGAAUUACAACGGAAACAUGAGAUAAUGAAGCAAAAAAUGAUUUUAGAAUAUGAAAGACGGCGUGCUCGUGAGAAAGGUUUACUACUGCCUAACCAAGAAUUUUCAUGUCGCAGUCGAAGUAAAAGUAAAAGCAAAUCUCCGCAUAGUCGACACAGAAGAAGAUCUACAUCUAAUACUUCAAAGCCCUCUAUACUCUCUGAAAAGUUAGAAUCAUCGGAGGGAUCAACACCUUUAUUUAAGGGCCCUGAAGGAACAAAAAUUAGCACAACAGAGCUACGCAAAAUCAAAGUAGAUAUUCACAGAAAGAUUCCUGGAAAAUCAACUCCUUGCGAACUUCAACGUGAUAUUGUCAAUCCUGAAGAUGUGGUGCUUAAAAGAAGAGCUGGAGAGGGGGCCAAACCAAUAUUUGAAAGAGAAGAAAUAAAAGGAACAACACUUGUAACAGAGGAAAUCGAGGAACACCGUACAGUUGUAACUGUAAAUAAUGAAGCUUUAGAAAACAAGUCGAAUGCGUUUAAAAGGCGUUCAGCGUCUUUAAGUUCUGUAAGAACCAGAAGUCACAGUCCUCGACGCACAAUAUCUCGUCAUUCCAGACAUGAAGACUCAAAGUAUGGCGAUAAAGGUGGUCAUAGAAGCGAUAGGGGAAAAAAUCGUAGUAGAGGUGAGAGUAGAGAGUAUAAAGAAAAAGAUAGGCGGCGCACUCAAUCCCAUAACGUAGAGGACGAUCAUUCACGGGAAAAAAGAAGAAGUCAUCGUGAUCAUUCUCGUUCGAGGGAGAGAGAAUCAAAACGAUGGGAUAGAGAUUUUCAUUACAGAGAUGAGAGGUCUUAUCGAGAGUAUCGAGGAAGAUCCAGAGAACGUUCUCGAGAGAGAAGAGAUAGAGACAGGGAACGAAGGGUUCCUCCACAGCACUAUAUUGAACAAAUUCCUGUUCCUAUUUAUUAUGGAAAUUUUCCUCCGAGACCUAUAAUGGUUGGACCUUUGGUUCAAAUUCGUGGGCAGGGUCCUCUUGGAAGUAACAGGCAUCCUCCUAUGAUGGGACCCUUACGACCAUUUGGACCACGAUUUAUUCCUGCUGAUAUGUAUAGAUUACGUCCACCUCUAAAUCCUAGAUUUGGACCAAUGUUCUAAUCGAUCUGUGAUGAACGUAUACAUUAAAUUAAUAAGUAGCAGGUAUAUUUUAUUAUACAGUACAUGACCACACAAACCAAUCUAUACUAUGAUUACUAAACAUUUUAUUGCAUGUGGGAAUACAAUAGAUUGCAUUCAUAAAACCAGAUUUUUAUCAUAUUUUAUUAUAGUAUGAGAUGUUUAAAUAUUGGUAUAAUUUUUCAACUGCCUUGUUAUAUUAUAAGAAUUACUUGUAUAAAGCGUAUACAUGCACAUCUAAUUUUAGACAUCAAAUUACAAGACAAAGCGAGUUGAUUUUCGCUAAUUUUAAUUGCUAUUUAAUUUUAUACAUCUAUUCUGAGCGAUACAUAAUGUGGGUCUAAUUAUGUAAAACUGCAAAAACGUGUUGUAAUAUCUGUAAUAUAUUUUUAUUAAUUUUAUGGAAAACUUGUUCAUGUUUUAAAAAUGCGAUAAUUAUUCUUAUGUAAUUUUAAUUAAUUGGAUAAAUAUAAAUCAUCAAUCAUAAGAAAUGUUUUUAAAAAAAUUUGAUAUUCCUAUUGGGUGUAUUUACAACGACCGCACUUGUAUCAAAUUGAUGCUUAAUAAACCUAGUUUAAAUUUUACAA